AUGUUCAGAGCUCAUCACUUCCGUCGCUCCCUCCGCUCUCUCCUCGCCCAUUCCCACCCCCAUUCCAAUCCCCACAUUAACCCGCGCCUCCUCUGCUCCCUCUCCUCUCAGCCCCCUUCCUCCGACGCCGAGGUCCGCAAGUACAUCGGCUACACCGUGCUCGUCCUCGGCUGCGCCGCCGCCACCUACUACUCCUUCCCCUUCCCCGCCGACGCCAAGCACAAGAAGGCCCAGCUCUUCCGCUACGCCCCCUUGCCCGAGGAUCUCCACACCGUCACCAAUUGGAGCGGGACCCACGAGGUCCAGACCCGCACUUUCCUCCAGCCCGAGUCCCUGCAAGAGCUGGAGGCCGCUGUGAAAGAUUCCAAUGAGAAGAAGCAGAAGAUCCGACCCGUGGGUUCGGGUCUGUCCCCGAACGGAAUCGGGUUGACACGGGCUGGGAUGGUGAAUUUGGGAUUGAUGGAUAAGGUCUUGGAAGUGGACAAAGAGAAGAAGAGGGUCACUGUGCAAGCCGGCAUUAGGGUUCAGCAGCUUGUGGAUUCGAUUAAGGAACAUGGUCUCACUCUCCAGAACUUUGCAUCUAUAAGGGAGCAACAAGUUGGUGGCAUUGUUCAAGUUGGUGCUCAUGGAACUGGUGCAAGGCUGCCCCCAAUUGACGAGCAAGUUAUCAGCAUGAAAUUGGUUACUCCUGCAAAAGGCACAAUAGAGAUUUCGGAAGAGAAGGAUCCGGAUCUCUUUUAUCUAGCUCGAUGUGGACUCGGGGGCUUAGGAGUUGUUGCAGAGGUCACACUUCAGUGUGUGGAGCGGCAGGAGCUUGUUGAGCACACAUAUAUCUCUAACAUGAAAGACAUUAAGAAAAAUCACAAAAAAUUGCUAUCUGAGAACAAGCAUGUGAAAUAUUUGCACAUUCCAUACACUGAUGCGGUUGUGGUUGUAACAUGCAAUCCUAUCUCAAAAUGGAAGGGUCCACCAAAAUAUAAACCGAAGUAUUCUCCAGAAGAAGCUGUAGGACAUGUACAAGAUCUCUACCGAGAGUCAUUGAAGAAGUACAGAAGUACAGAAAAUGAAUCCGAAAUAAAUGAGCUAUCAUUUACUGAAUUGAGGGAUAAACUGCUUGCGUUGGAUCCACUGAACACAGACCACGUCAAAAAAAUCAACCAAGCUGAGGCCGAAUUUUGGAGAAAGUCAGAAGGGUACAGGGUAGGGUGGAGUGAUGAAAUUUUAGGGUUUGAUUGUGGUGGUCAUCAAUGGGUCUCGGAAACUUGUUUUCCUGCGGGUACCCUUUCAAAACCAAGCAUGAAAGAUCUGGAAUUCAUAGAGCAACUAAUGCAGCUUAUAGAGAAAGAAAGCAUACCUGCUCCUGCACCUAUUGAGCAGAGAUGGACAGCUUGCAGCAAGAGCCUGAUGAGUCCGGCUUAUAGUUCGGUGGAUGAUGAUAUUUUCUCAUGGGUUGGGAUAAUCAUGUAUCUUCCAACAAUGGAUGCUCGUGAAAGAAAACAUAUAACCGAGGAAUUUUUCCACUACAGACAUUUGACACAAGCACAUUUAUGGGAUCAUUAUUCUGCAUAUGAACAUUGGGCCAAGAUUGAGGUUCCAAAAGACAAGGAAGAACUACAAGCACUACAGGCGAGACUAAGGAAGAAAUUCCCUGUGGAUGAAUACAACCGAGCACGCCAAGAGCUGGACCCCAAUCGCAUCCUUUCUAAUAACAUGCUUGAAAAGCUGUUCCCUUCGUCGUGAUAGACAUCUAUUGGUUGGUUUAUCUUUCGUAUUGCGUCCGGGUAUGCUGGUCUUUCCCGUUUUGAUCUGUGAAUUUGAGGCACAAAAGCGCAUACUUGCCUAUAAACUUGUAUAUGAUUUUGCUAGAUUGUUAACUGAAAUGCUACAGAAACUCAUAUGAUUUGGCAUUUAAUAUGCUUGAAGGCUGCUUUUUCACAGGGCUAUUGCCUCCAAGUUUAUGAAUAAAAAUGGAUUCACAUGAUUAUGCA